AUGGAAGAGGGAAAUCACUCGGUGGUGGCUGAGUUCAUUCUCUCAGGACUGACAGAUCGUCCGGAACUGCAGGUCCCCCUGUUUGUGUUGUUCCUACUGAUUUACAUUGUCACCAUUGUAGGGAACGGGGGAAUGAUCUUGUUAAUCACGAUUGAGCCCCGACUUCACACCCCCAUGUACUUUUUUCUCCGGAGUUUGUCUUUCUGUGAUCUCUGCUAUUCUACAGUAAUUGUCCCUAAGAUGCUGCAGCAUUUCUUAGCAGAGAGGAAAAGCAUUUCCUACACUGCCUGUGCUGUGCAAAUAUACCUCCUUGUCUUUUUUUCAGAUACUGAGUGUCUCUUGCUGGCUGUGAUGGCAUAUGACCGUUAUGCAGCCAUCUGUAACCCGCUGCUCUAUACAGUCACCAUGUCCAGGUGGCGUUGUAACCAGCUGGUGGCUGGGUGCUAUGCUCUUGGGGUGGUGGAUGCAUCGAUACUCACUUGUUUUACAUUCCGAUUGUCAUUCUGCCGCUCAAAUGUCCUUAAUUAUUUCUGCUGCGACAUCCCCCCAGUCCUGGCGCUCUCCUGCUCUGACACCAGCAUCAGUGAGGUUGUGCUGUUUGCAUCCAUGUGCUACAUUGUAGUGAGCAGCUUUGUGAUCAUCCUCCUCUCCUACAUCUGUAUCAUCUCCAGCAUCUUGCAGAUCCGCUCCGCCGAGGGCCGGCGCAAAGCCUUCUCCACCUGCACUUUCCACUUGGUCACGGUGGCUAUAUUCCAUGGCACUCUGUUCUUCAUAUAUUUACGUCCCACCUCCAGCUAUUCCUUGGACACGGACAAAAUUGCCUCAGUGUUUUACACAGCAGUGAUCCCCAUGUUGAACCCCCUCAUCUACAGCCUGAGGAACACAGAGGUGAAACACGCCCUGAACAAAGCAAGGAAUAAACUCCUAAGCCGGCUGUGA